CUCCAUGCGCGAUCGGCCGAGAAAUGCCUGCUCCUCGCGCAAGAGAACGGCGGGAUCUACAACAAGGCUGCUCAGUUCGUCGCGUCCCUGCAGGGAGGAGCAGGAGACAAGGGAGUGCCCAUGGCGUACGUCAAGACCCUCCGCGUGCUGACAGAUCGCGCUCCUUUCCGCCCCUUCAAGUUCAUGGAGACCGUGCUCGUCGAAGACUUCGGUCAGUCCGGAUCGCAACUGUUUGCGAGCAUCGAGGAGACGCCCAUCGCUGCCGCGUCUCUCGCCCAAGUGCACAAGGCGAUGACCAAGGACGGGAGGAAAGUUGCAGUGAAGAUGUUGUACCCCACGCUACGAAAGGAGCUUGCGUCGGACUUUGCUGUCUUUCGCAUGAUAGGAUCUCAAGUGUCUCCUGGAGGAUACGACCUCCAAUGGCUGAUCAACGACUUUGAAGAGGCGCUGAAGAUGGAACUUGACCUA